UUCUCAACACAUUUUAUUUUGUUAAAAGUAAAAGCCAAAAUUUGACUCGAAAAAGUUUUCAAGAAUAUUAUAUAGAGUUUUUCUGUAAUCCCUAAUUGGAAUAGCCAUAUAUCUAUAAUGUCUCGACAAGCUUCCCGUUUCGACACUAAAAAAGUGUAAUUGUAUGAGAAACCAAAUUUGAUUUCACGUCUCAGUUUUACAAUAUACAUCUCGAAAAGGUGCAUGGAUAAUAACAAUCAUAAGGCAAACAUUAAAUACAAACAGAACAAGGCUGCAGGAACCAUCACUGUUGUAGGACAAAAUAAUCGGAAUUUGCAAAAUCAGAAGCAGAUACAAUUCAUCCCCAUGAUGACUGCUGGUGGUGCCCAAAUUAUUAUUGGCCAAGUCCCCCAACAACAAUCUCAAACCUCGAAUGCAGCGGGUACACCUGCAACCGGACUUAUCCCUCUCCAGACGAACCAAAUAAUGUUGCAACAACCACAGCAAGCAGCACAGCCUAUGCAGCUACUCCAAUUACCAGAUGGUCAAACAAUAUUUUACCAGCCACCUUCAGCUUCAUUAACACUCGACCCGAAUACAACUACUGCUCAAGCAACACCACAACCACAGCUCAUUAAUAUUAACGGUCAAUUAAUGCAAAUAGCUACUGCACCUACACACCCACAAGGUACGACAAAUGCAGCUCCGGCAGUGGGACAACAAAUUAUUAUGAUGCCUCAAGCAGGAACAACCACGACAGUUGCAGUACCUCAAGCUGCUGCUACAGUAUCAUCACAACAAACGACGUCUGCCACAAUCUCAAAUAGUGCUGCAAAUGAUGUCAGCUCAGCUGGAGUACAAGCGGAAGACGACUCAAGUAAAGGUGAAUCAGAAGAAGAACCCCUUUAUGUGAAUGCCAAACAAUAUAAACGAAUACUAAUAAGACGACAAGCCCGUGCAAAACUUGAAUCUCGUAUACCUAAGGAACGUUCCAAGUAUUUGCACGAAUCUCGACAUCGUCACGCAAUGAAUAGAGUACGUGGAGAAGGCGGCCGAUUCCACUCCGCGCAAAUUAAGGGUGAACUAGGUGCAUCUGGGCUUAGUAACUGCGAAACGCAAAUACAACCGAUACAAACACGAGCAUCUGUGCGCACUGCGCCAAAAUUAAUCGCUCCACAUCAAGUGCCAAUCCCAGCGCCAACGCCAAACAUUACAAUCACACCGAUUAAAUAAAUAAUAUGAAAAAAUGAAAAAAAAAAACAAUACCAGUUUUAGUUUUAAGACAAUUGCGGUUAUAUAAGUUUGCUUUUGUUUAUUCUGCAAUUAUUUUCCACUUCUUAGAUAAUGACUAACCGCUAUCAAUGUAAUGAUAAGGUAAUUUGCUCUAAUAAAUAAUCUAUAAU